UUUUUUUUUUUUUUUUGCAAUUUCAUAUAAAGAUACACCACGCGACCACGUUCGCAGUCCCGUGACAAUGACCAACUCUACCAACGGAGCCCCUGCUCAGGACAAGCGUUUCGGCACUUUGGCUGUCCAUUCCGGCGCUCACCAUGAUCCUACGACCGGCGCUGUUAUUGCUCCUAUCUCCCUCUCCACCACUUUCGCUCAGACCAGUGUGGGUAGCCCUGUAGGUCUCUACGAGUACACACGUAGCUCCAACCCCAACCGUGAUAACUUUGAAGAAGCCAUUGCAGCUCUUGAGCACGCUAAAUAUGCCCUCGCAUUCUCCUCUGGUUCCGCAACCACCGCGGUAAUCCUUCAAUCCCUCGCGGCCGGCUCGCACGUCGUCUCGGUAUCCGACGUCUAUGGUGGAACUCACAGGUACUUCACAAAGGUUGCCAACGCCCAUGGCGUGGAUGUGACGUUCACCCCCACCAUCGAGUCGGAUGUGGAGAAGUUGAUCCGUCCGGAGACCAAGCUCGUAUGGAUUGAAACCCCGUCAAACCCGACUUUGGGAUUGGUCGAUAUUGAGAAGGUUGCUGCCAUUGCGCAUCGUCAUGGGAUCGUUGUAGUGGUUGACAACACAUUCAUGAGCCCCUACGUCCAGAACCCUCUGGAUCACGGUGCCGACAUCGUCGUGCACUCCGUUACUAAGUAUAUCAACGGCCAUUCGGAUGUUCUGAUGGGUGUCGCCGCAUUCAACUCCGAUAGCUUGAAAGAGCGCCUUGGGUUCCUUCAGAACGCCAUUGGUGCUGUUCCUUCUCCCUUCGACUGCUGGCUCGCUCACCGUGGUCUUAAGACUCUUCACUUGCGUGCCCGCGAGGCCACCACUAACGCCACGACUAUCGCCAAGGCCCUGGAGGCUUCCCCUCAUGUUAUCUCCGUCAACUACCCCGGCAUCGAUUCUCACCCCCAGCGUGCGAUUGCUGUCAAGCAGCACCGCCAGGGCAUGGGCGGUGGUAUGCUCAGCUUCCGCAUCCAGGGUGGCGAGAAGGCUGCUCACCUUUUCUGCAAGUACACCAAGGUCUUCACCUUGGCCGAGAGUUUGGGUGGUGUAGAGAGUCUUUGCGAGGUUCCCGCUAGCAUGACUCACGCCGGUAUUCCUAAGGACCAGCGUGAGGCUGCUGGUGUCUUCGAUGACCUGGUCCGCAUGAGCUGUGGUAUUGAGGAUGCGGAGGAUCUCCUGGCCGACGUUCUCCAGGCUCUUAAGAAGGCUGUCGCGUCCAGCGAACAAAACGGCUCCGCUUAAUUAAGUUAAUAUAAUAGAGAAUUAGAACCUUUCAUAGAUCAAGUUAAUGAUGACACGGAUUACUCUU